ACCGUUCACCCAUUUGUUGACCGGAUAGAGCUUGCCGCUUGCGGUUCAGGUGCAGCUGCCAGCCCCCAGCGCAAUGCUUGAAAUGUGAGAGAAGAACUAGUAGAAGCUUCUGAAGCGGCAACCGCACAGCAUUGCCCUCUGGACCAGCGAGGAUUCGUUGUUUGAGUGACAAGUCCUUCUUGCAAACUGCUGUGCCGCCAGCUUGCCAGCAGAAACUUCACAAGCCGGCAGGGAUUCUUACAGCGUUUGGGUUUGUGGCAUUACCUUAGCACAGCCCUAUGGCAUCUAUAGCGCAGCUUCAAGGGCGGCUGAGCACACCAUGCUGUGGGCCAGUCACUAGAAACACAGCGUCGCAUGGUACAGAGAGCGCCGCCUGUCCCGUUGGCUUUGUUGGGCUUCGAAGGCAAGCACACUCCGUAACAAGAAGCUUGCGGUGGCACUCAAACGGGCCAGCCAGUAGACGGGACAGCCGACCGAGCCUCACCGUGCGGGCUGCGGAUGCCACUUUUGGGGGCAGCGCAGAAGGUGCAGGCGGCCCUCCACCCGUCUUCCCUCGCAUCAAAGUGCGGGAUCCGUACAAACGCCUCGGAAUCGACGCUGACGCCACCGCUGAGGAGGUGCAGGAAGCGCGCAACUACUUGUACAAGCAGUACGAAACGCACGAGCCGAGCCGGGAGGCGAUUGAGUGGGCGUAUGACAAGAUCAUUGCGCAGAACCUCAAGAGCCGCAAGAAGCGUGGGAUGAACCUGAAGGCGGGGCUGGCCAAGAAGGAGGACCCGCUCAUCCCCACCCCGCAGUUCGUCAAGGACUUCUUCAACAGCAUCAAGACCCCCGCGACUGACGUCAUCCUGAAGCGGCUCGCGCUGUACGUUGGGUUUGCAGCGUGGAGUGUGCUGCAGUCGUCGGAACAGGGCCCGGCCUUCCAGCUUUUUGUCGCCCUUGCUACGACUGUCUACUUCCUGAAAGAAAAGACGCAAAAAUGGCCUCGCUCGAUCGGGCUAAGUCUGGCGGCCCUUCUAGGGGGAUGGUUCGUCGGCUCCGUCGUUCCCGUCGCUCUUGCCGCAUUCAUCCCGCCGACGCUGGGGCCCGAGUUGAUCGCGGCGCUGUUCGCGUACGCCUUCCUUUGGGCGGCCGUUGUGUUCUUGAACUAGAAACGUACUUGAAUACUUGAAGAGAGACUGUCCUCCUGUUACAAGGACGCCGAUUUUAACGGGAACAUUUUUUGAAACCAGGAGUCCGGAAAGUCAUGCUCGAAUGAGGAGGGCACAUGGUUUGUUCUCAACUCUCAACUGGCGACCGUUGAGAUCUUGAGAAGGAAAAAGUAUGUCGGGAGUUGGAAAAUAGUCUGACGUUGGAAACGUCUAAAGUCCAUUCUACGAAGAUGACCCUCAUGGGAUUGUGCUCAUAAUCACCAAUAAAAUGUUUCUUCCUAGUCGCUUUUUGAUUCAUCGCC